AUGGCUGAUAAUAUAACUGAAGACCUUUGCAAGAUAUGUGAUGGUAGAAUAGAAUGCGCUCCCACGGCCAUACUUCUGAUUACCCUGGUCCAUGCACUAUAUGGUCACAUUGGACCCGAGCCUGAUUAUUUUAGAAAUAACAAACAGGAAUUGCUCAAGUCCGAAUAUAAAGAUAAACCGGAGGAUUAUCAUAGAUUUAAAGUAGCAUCUAGUUACAGAUAUCCAGACGAAGAGAGAAAUAGUGACGAUUUUGACGUGGAAUACGAUUUCAUUGUUGUGGGUGGGGGUACAGCUGGAUGUGUUGUAGCUAGUCGCUUAUCAGAAAAUAGAAAAUGGAAUGUAUUGCUUAUUGAAGCUGGUUCUGAAGAACCAAAAAUGGCUUUAAUUCCUGGACUUACAAGUGAAUUCAAAGGAUCAUCUUUAGAUUGGCAGUACAAAAUGAGGCCAAAAAGAAGAUUCUGUCAGAAUCGGGUCAUGAAAGGUUGCGAGGUCGUGCAGGGUAGAGUACUUGGGGGAACGUCCACAAUAAACGAUAUGGCGUACAUGAGAGGUAGUCCCGCGGAUUACGACGAGUGGGCCCUUAAUGGCAAUGAAGGGUGGAGUUUUAGUCAAGUGCUACCUUAUUUUAAGUAUUCAGAGGGGAAUUACGAUAAGGAUAUAUCAAAAAAUAAAUUCUAUCACUCCACACAAGGACCACUUGACGUUGGACGAUAUCCUUACGUAGAUGAUAAUGUUGAUGUUUUGCUAAGUGCGUUCAAUGAACUUGGAUAUAACUACACCGAUAUUAAUGGAAGAAGACAACUUGGUUUUAUGAGAGUACAGACCUUGUCAUACUUUGGGGAAAGGGUCAGCGCAUACACAUCUUUUAUCGAGCCGAUUAGAAAGAUUAGGACCAAUGUCGAUAUAAUAACGGAAGCUCUUGUCACAAAAAUAAUUAUUGAGGAUAGAGAUAUACUUAAAGCUGCUGGUGUAGAGUAUAUUAAAAAUGGUACAAAAGUAUCCAUUAAGGCUUCUAAAGAAAUUAUCUUGAGUGCAGGAGCGAUAAAUUCACCAAAAAUAUUAAUGCAAUCUGGUAUUGGACCGAAAGAAUACUUGGAGUACCUAGAUAUAAAAGUUUUUUCAGAUCUACCAGUCGGUGGAAAUUUUCACGAUCACUUAUCGGUGUGCCUUCCAGUUAUAAAACUCAGUAAAACAGCAACUACUGUCAAGUUUACAGAAAAAUUAAAAGAUAUCACGACUUUUUAUUCAAAAGGUAUUGGUCCACUCUCAGCAAAUUUUCAAGUCGUUGCAUUUUUUGAAUCAACUAUAUCCGAUAUUCUUGGUACGCCUGAUAUAGAGUUUAGGUUUAGAGGCCACGAUUCAAAUAUGUAUUAUGACAAAAUAGAUAUAUGUAUAUCUCUUUUAACGCCUAAAAGUAGAGGACAAAUUGUUUUAAAUGCCACCGAUCCUAUUUUUGGAAGUCCUUUGAUUUAUCCCAAUUUUCUUAAACAAUCUACUGAUGAGAAGAAAUUAUUAGAAGGUAUACAGGAAGUUGUUAAAUUGUUUGAUACGGAAGUAUUCAAGAGCGCAGAGUUUGAAUUUGAUCCGCGCCCAAUAUUAAAUAACGAGUGCCGUGAGCAUGAUCGUGUAUCAGAAGCAUUUUGGUCAUGUAUAAUACGUCAAUUUUCAGCUCCGCUACAUAAUUAUGCUGGAACAUGUAAAAUGGGACCUUCUAAAGAUCCCGAGGCAGUUGUUGAUAGUAGUUUAAGAGUAUAUAGCGUAGUAAAUUUAAGAGUAGUCGAUGCGUCAAUAAUACCAAAGGUCACCAGAGGAUCAACAGCUGCACCUGUGAUAAUGAUAGCUGAAAAAGCAAGUGAUCUAAUAAAAACUACUUGGUACUAA